AUGGACCCAAAAACGAGGCUGCGCAAGGCCUGCGAUGCCUGCAGUAUUCGCAAAGUCAAGUGCGAUAAUGGCGGGCCACCGUGUCGAUCCUGCGCCAGCUUGGACAUUCCAUGCACGUAUGAGAGGCCAAGCAGACGCCGUGGGCCUCCCAAUCGUCAUGCGGAGGCCCUGAAGAAACAAAAGCUCGAGACUUCUUCGGCAGGCGCAUCGCCAGGUAGCGUAGCGGAUGGCCCCACAGAGAGUGUACUCAAGACCUCACCAUUAUCUCCCUCCGCGCAUGUUGCGCAUGCUCCAACAUCUGCGGAGGCCAUCUGCUCGUUACACACUGUUCAGUUGCUACUGGACGACUUUUUCACGUACAUUCAUCCGUUGGUGCCUGUUCCUCAUGAGCCAUCAUUUAGGGCAGCAUUUGAACGCCGUGAAGAUGCCACCAACAAUACAUUCUUGGCAUUGCUGGCCUCAAUGAUAGGGUUUCUUGUGGCCUCGUUCCCCCGAAGACCUAGACUUCGUCUCAACACAGAGGCGGAACGCGCAGCAUUUCCCAAUUCCAUCGCACUUGUGCGACGGUGCCAUGAGGUAGCGAUCCAGGCGCGGGGUGUUGGAUACCUUGAUCGCAACGCGACUGUCUACGAUGCUGCCAUCAGCUAUUUCCUCGGCGUCUGCUCAGGCUAUAUCUACAGCUUUCGGCGCUGUCGCACUUAUUUGGCUGAAUGUCAGACCAUGCUGCAGGUCUACGACCUAUGCCGCGCCCCGACAGACUCGCCCGCUACCGACACGCUCAAUGGAGGCAAUCCCGCCACUGAGUCCCCACAGUCUAGCUCGAGCCUGAUGGGAGGCAAUCAAGCAGACCUGAUCACUCAAGAGCUGGGAAGACGCCUUUUUUACGUCUCUCUCGUGGGUUAUCAGACUUUACAUCAGCUUGGAAACUCCGAUUUCAGAGUCCAGGUGGCACCAGAAACACCGACAGACCGCUACCCGCCACUUCCCCUGGAAGUAGAUGACGAGUUCAUCUUUUCAACACAUAUCAAUCCUCAACCAACCGGACGGGUAUCUCAAUUAGUCGGCUUCAUUGCAAAUGUGCGGAUAUACUGCUCUUACAAUUCUAUUCUUGCGUGGGAAACCGCUUUCGGUAGUUCGCGGGUAAUUGAUUGGGAGCAGCAGCGUUCCACUCUAUGGGAUUGCUUGCAAAGAACUAAGUCUGCCCUUCUUGAGACUCCUGCUGAAUUGUCUCUGCUCCAUCCCAAGAAAGAUGUGCCGGCCUUUAUGUCCGGGGACGGAUCUGUGUUCAGCUAUCCGGACGAUCACAUUCACCAAGAGCGACGCGCGAUUCAGUAUGAAAUUCAAAAGGCCAACAUUUACGCAAGCCAACUGUGUACGAGAUCCUACUUGGUUGACAAGUAUUGGAACUUGUUCGAUAUUUACAGGAACUAUGGCAACUCAGACCAGCCGAAGAAGGGUGGAACUGUGACCGACUCACAUAUCAAAGUCGAGACUCCGCAAGAUUCGCCCGCGGCUCCGCCACCUCAACAAAUGUCAGCGGUCUAUCAUGCACAGACAGAUUACAUCGGACGUAUGAUGGCCGAAGAACGAAAACUGGUAAUCAAGGACCUUUUUGUCCUUCUUCGUACAGUCAACGAAGUCAACAUGGAGCCCAACGGCGCCAGUCUUACCUCCAAAAUCCGCCAAGUAGCAUCUACCCUCCUCAACAUGCCCAACCAUCACCCUUCACCACUCGACUCUACCCAAGCCGACUCUUCUUCAGCAGCGCCCCCACCCGACAAGACCCCCACAGCUUCUCUAUCCGGCUUACACGUCCUCACAGCAGCCGAAGCAGAAUCCUAUCUCCAUGCAUUCAUCGAUACCCUCGUCCGGCUGGAGGGCCAUUCUACCGCGGCAACAGAUUCCGGAAGUACUUGCGAAGGUGUUAGUCCUCGCACAAAUGGACGAGCAAUGAGUUAUCAGAGCGAUUAUGACCGUGAUCAGGAGGAGCUCAGUCAGUGGGCAAAUCUCAGGGAGUAUCAGCAGAAAUUUGCAGAGGCCGGGGGCGUGCUGUCGCAGCUUUGA